CAGUGAGACGACAAGUUUGCGCCAAUAUGUUGUUUCCCUUUAAGUCAAUGUCCAAAAAUGACAGAAGAGUUUGUCGGCAGAAAUCGGGUGAAACGGAGCGAAAGCGAAAUAUCCAGCAACUGGUGGGCAUAUGCUGUCAGGAGGCCUGUUCCCUACAGACACUCACCAAAUACUGUAGACCCGGGUCAGUCUCCUCGCCGGGCACCUGGCCCUCGAGCGAAGGCGUUCCCAACACAAUGCUCGUGGACGACAGGGACGACAUAUUUAAGCUGCGACUCCCUCUAUUCAGGCCACCAGAAAACGUGGGACAGUAUGUCAAGAAGUAAAGGCCUCAUAAUUGCACCG